AUGGCAUUCUUUCAGUCGUCAUUGGUAGCAAGCCUGCUACCCGGUCUUCUUUCUUCGGCCGUCUCCCCCGCAGCAUCAUCCACACUCGCGACUUCUUCUAUCCCCCAACUCUUCGUCGCGCCAUCAAAUUCCACCUCAGAAACCCCUCAUGAUCAUGACGGGGGUAACGGGGGAAGCAUGCAUGAAUGGUCAUCGCUGAUCGGCAUUAUCGCGGCCCUAUGCGGCAACAUUCUGAUAUCACUAGCCCUCAAUAUCCAACGAUACGCACAUAUUCGGAUCGCAAGAGAAUGGGAACAGGACAAGAAUCGCAACGGGGAACUUGGAAACAACGGAAUACGUGCUGGAUCGAGGGGAAGGUCCCGGGAUCUGUACCGAGACUCUGAGCAGGAUGCUUUUGAGCCUUAUCGAGACGAUGGCAACGACACCGAGGGGAGGAACAGUGGUUCGAGCUCGCGGGACAAUAGCACCGGAAGCAAGGAUGGCGCAAACAACAACCGCAAAUCAUACCUCAAAUCUCCGUACUGGUGGGUUGGAAUCGUGCUCAUGGUUGUGGGAGAAAUGGGCAAUUUCAUGGCCUACGGAUUUGCACCGGCGUCGAUUGUCUCGCCUUUGGGUGUUGUGGCUCUGAUAUCGAAUUGCAUUAUUGCGCCAUGCUUGCUCAAGGAGCAAUUUCGCAAACGAGAUCUCUGGGGCGUGCUCGUCUCUAUUGCUGGUGCCGUCGUUGUGGUUCUCAGUGCUAAAUCUUCUGAAGAACAAAUUGGACCUCAUGAAAUUUGGGUGAACAUCACGCGAUGGGAAUUCCAGCUCUAUCUCGGAUUGACUACCUCGUUGAUUAUCGGUCUCAUGUGGGCUAGCCGCCGGUAUGGCUCGAGAUCAAUUCUUAUCGAUGUUGGGCUCGUUGCAUUGUUUGGCGGAUACACUGCUCUUUCUACGAAGGGUGUCUCUUCGCUUCUGUCUGGCACAUUGUGGCAUGUUAUUACAUUCCCUAUCACCUAUCUACUUGUCUUCGUCCUUGUCUUCAGCGCAUUGAUGCAAGUCCGUUACAUUAAUCGUGCUCUACAACGCUUCGAUUCCACCCAGGUGAUUCCGACGCAGUUUGUUCUCUUCACUCUUGCUGUUAUCAUAGGAAGUGCAGUCCUUUACCGUGACUUUGAAUCGAUAACGGCCGAUCGUGCGACGAAAUUUGUUGGCGGAUGUCUGUUGACUUUCCUCGGGGUUUCCUUCAUCACGAGCGGCAGAGUCCGUGGCGACGACGAGUCGUCGUUUUCAUCGGAAGACGAGGAAGGGUCCAUUGGUUUGCUCAGUGGCGAAAGAUAUCAAGACAGAAUUGAUUUGUCUCCGCCUGGUCACCAAUUGCCGAAGACAUCAGAUGUUUCCACAGAAGCACAAUAUGACGUUCCACAGUCCCCGAGAGGGUCCAUAUUGAGCCAAGGCACCGAUGAACUUGAUGAUGAUCAGUCUACUCCUAGAGGUAUCCUUUCUGCCGCACCCUCUUCGCCUCGUGCAUCCCUUAUCGAUGCAUCCCCUCUGUCUGCUCCAUCGUUUGACUACACUUCACCAUUGCGGCCCCCAUCUCACAUGUCCAACCCAUGGGCAGACAUCCAAGAUGAGGCUCUUGUGACACCGGAGUCUGAUAUCCGGCCCGUUACUCCUCCCGGACAGGAAGAUGAGGCAGUACAAUCCUCAACCGUCCUUUUGCGGUUUCCUCCUGCACCUGGUCUUGAAGAAGCGGGGACGAACGGAAAUGCUGGUACAGUACGACGUGCUUCAUCCCCCACACUUUUGGACCAAUCCAGCCACCCCAUUCGCAACGAAACUCCCCUUGAAACACCAUCGCGGCGUGCUCUGCGCAGCUCUAUCUCUCAUCGUUUCUCCCCUGGGCCUCUGCUUCCCACACUUUCUGGUGGCUUCACUGCAGUGGUCGCUGAUUCUAUCCGGCGUGGCGAUGGUAGCCCUCUCAAGGAUCGACCAAGGCGGAGAUUGGGACGUCGGCGUCAACUCGAUGGCGCCUUUGCAGAUCCGUCUCUAGUUGAGGGAAACAAUGACACGGCGCUUUCACUUGCAACUGCUCGACUCCAGUCCGCCACUCAACCAUCGGACAGACCUGCGGAGGCGGGCCGUUCCAUGUCAGCUCUCGCAACAGACAUCAAUACCGCGACAAACGUAAAUACCACACCAGAUCAACCCACCAACGAAGAUGUGACCCGUCUUCGCAGCUUGAGUGACUCGUGGAGUGGUGGACUUGCGUGGCUGGGUGGUGCUCUCCGCAAAACCCAGAACACCAAAACAGCUGACAGUGCUGCUGCAGAACAUGAGACGCAGCCUGGGCCAAGCUAUAACCCCGGUGAUUCUGCCGAGACAGAAGCUCGGCGAUAA